AUGUCAGCCACGCCGUCACGGGCACCCUCGAGUGGCACCGCGAGGCUGGUCUCUUUUUUUCAUGUGUCAAGCGACCUUACAACGCCGUUGAGCAUAGCUCAGUCAAAGACGAUGUCGGACGCAUCAUCGCACAAAUCAGUGAAUGACGCAGAGAGAGAGGGGGCACGUCGAUGUGCAAACGCACUGAGGCAGGAGGGCACCACUGCUGCUGCUGCUUCGGCGGCGCUGGACCCGUCAUGGGUCGCAGUGGAGAGCCAUGCUUCACAACCGGCAGCUGUCUCUCGCUGUACUCGUGGUGCGAGCAGCUCCCGCCCCUCAUGCCAGCCCCUUCCUGAGGAGUAUCAGCGCUGGAAAAUCAAAUCGCCUUCUGCAAGCCGUGUUACAAUGAAGCUGGAGUUCUCCCUGGAGAAUACGCCGCUGGCGGGCGCGAGGCCUCCUCCAGUCUGGUGCGAAUCAUCGCCAUUCACGGCUCCUCGUGGCAGCCGGAACUCCCUCGCCAACUUCCCUACCCCUUCUAGGAGGAUCACAACACUGAGCGGCGCCAGGAACAGCGUAUCCACGCCUGGGAGAAACCCGUACACGGAUGUGGAACGGGGGAUAUCGAACCAGAGACGGCGCCACGCUGUGGUGCGGUACUUCUUCGUAUCCCACGAGGGCGCCAUUCGGCUCAACAUUCGGCUGCAGCAGCUGUUGGCGUACCGCGAUCUCUGCGAAGCCGAGUUGCACGAACGCCUACAGGUGCUACCGCCUGAGGAGGCAAGUGUUGCUGCGCGCUCCACCGCCCGUUGUGGCUGUGCGACUGAGACUGAGCGCGAAAUCGAGCGAGUGCAGGCAGCUCUUGCGCACCUAGCUGCCUCCUCGCUGGAACUUGCGGAGACUUUGGAGGGCAUGGGCGGCUUGUUCACGUCAUUGCAGUCGGUGCCGCGUUCCCAUCAAACAGCAACCGCACUCCAUAGCAAUCACAUCCUCUCCGCAGUUGACGUUGAGCGUGCAGGAGAGAGAGGCGCCAAGAGUGGUGGGCGAUCUGUCAAUGAAGACAUCCCUGCCGCCGCCAAGAAGGCAGGCGAGAAGAAGCCCCCAGUCCAACAGCCAGUAGACGCCUCAGAAUCAUCCAUGACGACAAGCGUCUCCACCGCAUUUGAGGCGGGCGGCAGCUACUCACUCGUGGAGUCUCCGAGGGCCUCUACAGUGGACGAAGCGGCGAAUCAGCGUCCGCCGUCGAAGCCGCCCAUAGCCGUGGCGGCGUGGCGCAACAAUCAAAAGGGUGACCUGCCGAGCGCGGGGCAGACGGCAAGGAGCGCAGAGCCUUCGCAGACGGAGAGUGCUGGAGUAACGGGGAGUCACGGCAUCACGCCACGCAACAGCACCGUCGCAUCUGAUUUUAUGCGCGCCUCCAUUGUGGCAACACCGAAGGUAACGGUCGAAACUGCUGCAGUAACGGACGCUAAGACGCGGCCAGGUCAGCUGCCUUUCUCUUCUCCGCGAAGGAAGGCAUCGAGCACAACGGACAACGAACGAAAAGAGGUAUCUGCCGCCAAGGCUACGCCACCGCGGUGCAAGGUCAUCGAUUGUACCAGUGUCUCCACUCCAGGGAGAGAUCACCGCACGACAGAGUCGUGGCUGUGCCAAGCCGCUGCAUCACAUCACCUUGCCUCGGCAUCUCCACAACAACCACCGUCGUCGCUCUGUUCCACGAAAGCCACCGUGUCAUCAGCAGCAUCGGUCAAACCGCAGUACCCGAGCGGCAUCACCGCACCGCGGGCUAAGGCUCUCGCAGGAAAUCCAGAUCGCUGGACCCCGGUGUGCACGCAGGGGCAACCGACAUCGUCGUCUCUGACAGACUCGCCGCUGGCACGCUACCGCGCCAAGCGAGGCUACCGAAAUCCAGAAAGUCAUUUGUGCUCGCAGCUCGCAGGCGCGCCUCGACAAAGUGCUUCUGCUACGCACAACUCACUACCACGGGCAGUGACCACCGGUGAGCCGAGUGGAGUGCAGGAUGGAGAGAAGAUCAAAGGUCCUGUGACUGCCACGCGGGCUUCCGGUGUGACGAGACAUGCCACCCUGCACGAAGAUCAGGCCACAUUCAUGCAGGAGCGACGGCGACUUGGACCUGCGAAGAAUGAGGGAAACCACAAAGCAUCUCAGGACAACUCUGCCGUCCAAUCGCAGGAAAAAACGCCGACGUCGACGGGGCGGUGGCCCGAUACACCGUGCUCCCGAGCAGCGAAGUCCUCCUCGCCGCCGCCGCACUCGCGUGCCUCCGAUGCACCUGCGCUGGGACAGUCGACAGAAUCCACCGCCGUUGCCUCCUCUACAAUCUCUUCUCAUCCCCCAGCAAGCACCUCACACCCGUCACUAUCUGAUGCUCGGCAGCAAUGGCCAAAGCCCCUCACGGCAUCGGCUUCUGCGCUUGGCCGAGGGAGCGCAACGCCAUCUACGAAUGCUUCGGCGGCACACGCGCUGACCGGCUCCGCGAUGUCGGUAAUGGACUGGAAUGCACCAUUGCGAGCAACAGAAGUGGCGGGGUCACCGCCGCCGUCGGCAUCAUCGGCCUCGGUGCCGCUGAACCAAGAGCUGCCCUCCGACGAGAUGGCCUCUUGGUCCCCUGCCGAUUCUGGCGUUGCGCUCGCCGGCGGUGCAGUGAGUCUCUCAGAUGUCGACUCGUGGCCCGCCGGCGAGCCACAGGAGGCAGAACAGAACGCUAAGGUCAGUGCAGGUGCCCUGCUGCGAGGAACCACGCGUGACAGAAGUGCCGAGCUGCGCAUGGAUGGGUGCCAUUCGAUCUGGGGUAGCAUUAGAGCGCUGGAGAGCCGUGUCGGGGACAUGGAGAGCCGCACCACGGCGCUGGGGAAGAAUGCGGAGAAGUGCGCAGUGCUGGAGGUCAUUGGGCACCUGAAGGCGCGCGUCGGUGUGUUGGAGGAGCGCAUCACCUUACUAGAGCAGCAGUCGAGCGCUUCACAUCUGCGCAUCCACUGCGAGAAAUCGUAG